AGUGCUAUCAGCCCUCCUAGCGGUGGUUCGAGGGCAAUCAUUACCUGAGGAACAGUGUGUGUUGUCUUCAAUGAGGAUAAUCACACAGCUCUGGUUACGAAUGAGUCCGGAUCAGGUGCAGGUGCACCUGGUGCUCCAGCGCACUCUGCAGCUGCUCCUGUCAAUAUCAGCCAUUUUAGUGAAAAACAUUGAACCUCAAGUCAUUUGUCAGGCUCUGCUGUGUGUGGAUACUCUAGUGUCUCAGAAGUGUGCAGAUCAGCUGCUGCUGGCUGCUCUGGAGUUCCUCUCCUCCCUGGGAAAGAUCUUUGUCCCGCAUGACAGCCAGAAUCAAAUUUUGCCAAGACUGAGUAGCCUGUUUGGAGUCCUGUUAGCUGACAGAUCCUGGCUGCUACAUCAGCACGCUGUGGAGGCCUUUUCUCAGUUUGCAGAGAUUACAAACCACGAAGAGGUAAUUUCCCAGAGUUUGUCUGUAGAAGAGACCAAGACGAAAGUGGUGAACUACCUUAGCAAGACUGUUAAUGGACAGGAAGAUGCCGAGUCACGACUACAGAGGCUCAAGCUGGAGAUG